AUAUAUAUAUAUAUAUAUAUAUAUAUUUAUAAGAGAAAGUGGCAUAUCCAUCAUCUUCAUCAUGUCAGUGGUAGGUAUUGACGUUGGCUUCCAGAACUGCUACAUCGCUGUUGCCCGGAGCGGGGGCAUCGAAACCAUCGCAAAUGAAUACAGCGACAGAUGCACACCAGCAUGUGUAUCUUUGGCAUCCAGAAACCGCACAAUCGGAAAUGCAGCAAAGAGCCAGAUGAUAACCAAUGCAAAGAACACAAUCCACGGCUUCAAAAAGUUCCACGGCAGAGCAUUCGAUGAUCCCUUUGUGCAUGCGGAGAGGUCGAAGGUUCCAUACAGUCUGCACAAGAUGCCCAACGGCAGCACUGGAUUUAAGGUGCGAUACCUGGAUGAGGAGAGACUGUUCACAAUUGAGCAGGUGACAGCAAUGUUGCUGACUAAACUGAAGGAGACUUCAGAGGGGGCGUUGAAGAAGCCAGUGGUAGAUUGUGUCAUCUCUGUUCCCACUUUCUUUACGGAUGUUGAGAGGAGGUCUGUGAUUGAUGCCUCUCAGAUUGCUGGUCUGAACUGCCUGCGCCUCAUAAAUGACACCACUGCAGUGGCUCUUGCUUAUGGGAUAUAUAAGCAGGAUCUUCCUACCCCUGAGGAGAAGCCCAGGAAUGUGGUGUUUGUGGAUAUGGGACACUCUGCCUACCAGGUUUCCAUCGCUUCCUUUAACAAGGGAAAACUGAAGGUUCUUGCCAGUGCUUUCGACCCUUACCUGGGAGGCAGGAACUUUGAUGAAGUCUUAGUGGAUUAUUUCUGCGAGGAGUUCAAGAAGAAGAAUAAGCUGAAUGUAAAGGAGAACGUGCGGGCGAUGAUCCGUCUUACUCAGGAGUGCGAGAAGCUGAAAAAGCUGAUGAGUGCAAACUCUUCUGACCUCCCGCUGAGUAUCGAGUGCUUCAUGAAUGACAUUGAUGUGUCAGGGAAAAUGAACAGGACUCAUUUUGAAGAAAUGUGCGGUCACUAUUUAGCAAGAAUAGACGCACCUUUGAGAUCUGUGAUGGAACAAGCUAAGCUUACAUGUGAGGACGUCUAUGCUGUUGAGAUAGUGGGAGGAGCUACGCGGAUCCCGGCAGUCAAGGAGAGGAUCUCCAAGUUUUUCGGGAAAGAUAUCAGCACCACACUGAACGCUGACGAGGCUGUCGCAAGAGGGUGUGCUCUACAGUGUGCUAUCCUUUCACCAGCAUUUAAAGUGCGUGAGUUUUCAAUCACAGAUGCAGUUCCUUACCCCAUCACACUCAAGUGGAAAUCGUGCUCCGAUGAAGGUGUUGGGGAGUGUGAAGUUUUUGGCAAGAAUCACCCAGCCCCAUUCUCCAAGGUCAUUACCUUCCACAAGAAGGAACCGUUUGACUUGGAAGCCUAUUACAGCAACCCACAAGAUCUGCCAUACCCUGAUACAAGAAUAGGCCGCUUUGGUGUGCAGAGCGUGGUCCCGCAGCCCAACGGGGAGAGCUCCAAGGUAAAGGUGAAGGUGCGGGUCAACGUGCACGGCAUCUUCAGCGUCUCCAACGCCUCCCUCAUUGAGAGGCAGAAAGGGGAGGCCGAGGAAGUCGCCAUGGAAACUGAGCCAACCAGUCACAACGAGGCCAAGGAGGAGCAGAGUAAAAUGCAUGUUGACCAUGAAGACUCACAGCAGAAGGACCAUGCUGAGCUGCCAAACCAGACUGCAGAGGAGGGAGCGAAUCCAGGAUCUGAAUCCAAGGAGAGUGGAGAUAAAGCAGAACAGCCAGCCGGUCCUGUGGUGAAAGUGAAGAGUAUUGAUCUGCCCAUACAUACCAGCACCAUCAGACAACUGGAACGAGACACACUGAACAGCUUUGUAGAAAAUGAGAGGAAGAUGAUUAUGCAGGACAGACUGGAGAAGGAGCGAAUUGAUGCCAAGAAUGCUGUGGAAGAGUACGUCUACGAACUUCGAAACAAGCUGUGCAGCAUCUAUGAAAAACUUGUCAGUGAAGACGAUAGCAGUAAACUUUCCCUCAUGCUGGAGGACACAGAAAACUGGCUUUAUGAAGAAGGGGAGGACCAGCCCAGACAAGUAUACGUAGAUAAACUGGCUGAACUGAAGGAAUAUGGCCAACCCAUUCAGGACAGGCACAUGGAACAUGAGGAGAGACCAAAGGUGUUUGAUGAACUUGGAAAAAAGAUCCAAACCUUUAUGAAGGCUGUGGAAGCUUAUAAAAGAAAGGAUGAAAGAUAUGACCACGUGGAGGCUGCUGAGAUGGUGAAGGUAGAAAAGUGUGUCAGUGAGACGAUGGUCUGGAUGAACAGUAAGAUGAAUGCACAAAGCAAGCUGAGUGCUGCUCAGGACCCAGUCGUGAAAGUGGCAGAGAUACUUGUAAAAACCCAGGAACUGGACGGUAUCUGCAGUCCUGUCAUCAACAAGCCAAAGCCCAAGGUGGAGCCCCCAGCCAAAGAGGACAAGGCAGACUGGGCUCCCAACGGCCCUGUGAACGGACAGAGUGGGGCGGAGGGCAAGGCUGAGCAGACAAAGCCCCCCAUGGGAGAGAUGGAAGUGGACUGAGACUGAACUCCCCCCCCCCCCCCCCCCUUCAGGAUAUUCCAUCAUUGCACUAACACACUGUAGGUUACAUGUCAGUUUUAGACCUGUGUUUGGGUUGUUGUUCCAUGUUUCUGUAUUAUAUCAAUUGUCUUUUUUAUACUUUGAGUUUGUUCGUUUUGUUCAUUUGUCUUUUUCUUUCAAUUUGAAUAUAGUAUGAAUUGCAGUCAUACAGCAUUAGGUGCUUCAAGAUGUGGUACCUGGCCCUGCCGGUGUUUUCAAAGUGAGGCAUUUUCAUUUGCACAGCUGUUUCCGUUGUUGUGCUGAUACUGGACCGCACUCUAGUUAUUCCUAUUGCAAGCUAUUCAAUUUUUGUGUUUUUUUUUCUGCUUUAUAUAUAUAUAUAUAUAUAUAUAUAUAUAUAUAUAUAUAUAUAUAUAUAUAUAUAUAUAUAAAAUGCAUGUGCUUCUCAGAACAAUUUGAAAUUGCAGAUAACGGUAUUAGAUUAUAAUGCUCUGUGUGUGUGCAUUGUGUUGCACAUUUAUAGUUUAGGAUUUAAAUUUAAUCUGAGUAGACAUUUUGUUGUUCAAUCAGUAAAUAUUGCUUUACUGCUUUUUUUAUUGGGGUCUGCCAAUUCUGUGGUUAAAAGAACAAUAAAGUUCCUUUUCUUAAUAAGGUUUAGAACAGAAUAGAAGUUUUGAUGUUGGGCUGUUGGUAGAAGCUUUGUCAACCAGAUGGCAUUGUUGCAGAAACAUCACACCUUUUGGAUUAAUCUCGAUUCACUUAUAAAAUAGCAAAGUUUCAGGUAAAAUCCAUCAAACUGAUCAGACACCUACUCUGAACAGGAAUCAAGUCAGAAUGAGUGACAGUGUCAGUCAGGUUUGGAAAUGGAAUGCGUUUAUGUUGAUUUAAUCUGAGGCUAUCCAAAUUUAACGCAUUGUACGAUUCAUACUAAAAGCACAAAUAAAGCGCAAACAGAAAAAAAGUGUCUGCAAACUUUUUUUUUUUUAGUUCAUAAAGAAAACUUUCCGCUAAUGCCACUGUAAGUUUUUAGUUUUGUAAUCCCGUAUUACGCCAGCCCUCAGCAAUCUGUGUUCUUGGGACCAUACGUGUCUUAAUCUACUUCCUGGAAUAAUGACUUGGAAUCUGGUGAGACUGCAUGACUUGUUCAGCAACACCAGCAUUCCAAUGUUAGCAUAACUUGAUUUUAUCUUAUUUGUGAUUCUUUUUUUGUUUGUUUCUGUGUAAGUUUCUGAUUCCGUUUUACAUACUGUGUUCCUAAAUUUGCUCUACUCGUAAAAUACUCCAGCUGCAACACCUGAAUUACGCAGUAGUUUGCAUUCAAAUCAUUCCCCCAGUUUAUGCGGUUAUUUUAGUGUAUUUGUUUGGUUAUUGUGCCUUGCUGCAUAUGGAGAGAACUACCAUUUGGUUUUAAAAAUGUGUACUUCUGCAUUAACUUUAUCGUAGUUCAACAUGAAGAUGGCCUAGACUUCUUUUAGACAUUGUUCCUCGUUUUUUUCCUAAUGGAUUUGACUUGUUAAACUGUUCUUAUAAAAAAUGUACAGUUGAUACCAGGAAGAGGGGCACUUUCAGAUGCAGUAGUUGUAGUAUUGAUGCAGUGCUCUGAAACACUGUUUUAUUAGAGGAUGAAAAUUUGCUUUUAUAUUAAUUUUGUAUGGAAAUACUCUGAACAGGAGGGAAAAGAAGACCAACUAAAAUGUUUUUCUUGCUGUCCUCUAUUAUCCCUAGUACAGGCAGCAACCAAUGUGCAGUAGAAAAAGCACAGAUUGUUUUUUUUUAUAUUUAAGUGCUGCCUAUAUACAAGUAUGUAUUAGUUAGUUAUGUUUAUUUUAAUUAGUAAAUUAGCCUUUACACUAAGGUAUUCACAGCAGUAGAAU